GUAUUUACAAUUAAGACGAGCCAGCCAUUCAUCGUUAUUAGAAAAAUUUUCCAUGUUCGACUUCACGUUAUCCCUCUAAUAUUAUCAUAUUUUCGAAAAGGUACCCAGUGUGGACGUUUAACGAAAAAUAAGAGAAAAGAGCUCGACUUAUUAUGUGACGUUUCAGCUCGCUGUGCGUCGUGACAUCACCCGCAGCGUGUCUCUCGGGGACGCGCGUCAGCUUGUGCGGGGCGGAAACAAACAGCGAAGCUUUCGCAGAACUGUGAGUUCCCGUGCGAUAUGACUAACUCCGCCAGAAUAUCGUGUCGAUCUUUGUACCCUGCUCGUUCCGUAUCUACCAUCUCGUACCAAUUACCGCGGGAGGAGUGUAAACAUCUCUGAAGUCAGGAAGUGGGAUGUGGCCCAGGUGAAAAGCUCGUUAUAUGGUUGCGAGCGUGGGCGCCGUGACUGAUGGCACGCGAUCGCUCACACACAUCAGGAUGACGCGUCGAGGGUGUGCAACCAAUAUGUGAUUUUGUGUGUAGACAGUUGUUUAGAGAAAUAAAGAGCCAUUGCAGUGAAGUCUUCGGUCUCGGCAUCAUAAUGGACUCUUCUGUGGCGGUGGGGAGGCUGGAGCUCGCGCGUCCGUUAAUGACCCGCGGCUCGUGUUUACCGGAGGGCGCGCAGAGCGCUCACCUGAACGGCUGCGUGCCGCUCUCUCAUCAGGUGGCCGGACACAAGUAUGGCGUUGAUAAAGUGGGUAUCUUGCAACAUCCUGAUGGCACGGUCCUGAAACAGCUGCAGCCUCCUCCAAGAGGACCCAGAGAGAUGCAGUUCUACAGCAUGGUGUAUGCUGAUGACCACUGCGACCCCUGUCUUAUAGACCUCCAAGCGCACCUUCCCAAGUACUAUGGCACGUGGUCCUCGCCAGACGUUCCCAAAGACCUGUACCUCAAGUUGGAGGAUGUGACGCGCAGGUUUCAGAAGCCGUGCAUCAUGGACGUGAAGAUCGGCCAGAGGAGCUAUGAUCCCUUCGCUUCACAGGAGAAACGGGAACAGCAAAUCAGGAAAUACCCACUGAUGGAGGAGAUUGGCUUCUUGGUUCUGGGGAUGAGGGUGUAUAAAGUUGGCUCAGACAGCUUUGACACCUAUGACCAGCAUUAUGGAAGAGGUCUCGUGAAGGACACAAUCAAGGAAGGUUUAUCCAAGUUCUUCUACAACGGUGAUAUUCUCCGCAAUGACGCCAUCACUGCCAGCAUCCUCAAAGUCCAGAAGAUUCUUCAGUGGUUUGAGGGCCAGAGUCGGUUCAACUUUUAUGCAAGCUCUCUGCUCUUUGUGUAUGAGGGCGUCUGUGCGCCCAGCCUCGAUUCUCAGACCCUACGAGAGAGCCAGAUCGCACCCGAGGCCUGUGAGCAGAACAACAACAUCAAUCAGAGCCUUUCCACCAUGUACUCCCUGCACAAGAAAGGCUGUGUCCGGAGCCACUACCAAUCCAAACAGGACAACGGCGUAUGGAGCUCCUCACAGCAGCCCAACGGCAACCGCAGCCUGGCAAGACUGGAAGAGGACAGGAAAGACACGAAGAGUGAAGCGGGACAGGAAACGGUCAGUGACGUGGAAGUAAAGAUGAUCGACUUUGCACAUGUCUUCCCUAGUGACGUUCCCGACCAGGGUUACAUCUACGGACUGAAGAACUUACUGAAGGUCCUACAUCAGAUUCUGGAAGAGUAAUGGAGUGGUUGUUGUUGCUGCCUGAAGGUAUGAAUUUUGUAGCCACUUUCAUGUCUGUCUACUCGCCUCUCUCUAAUCUGCACUACCUACACCAUCAGUGGAGUAACAAGUUUGUAAUCCUUCGUCUAAUGUAUGUGCUUUAGUCUUUUAAAAGCUUUGUACAGUUUGUACAAAUGUAUCUUACUCUUACUCAGGUAAAUGAAUCUAUAAUGCUUGUAUAUUUAUCCCGGCAAAUGAAAUUCAAACACUCUCAUCAUAUUAUGUCUCAGAUAUUACAUUAGUUCCUGUUUCCAGAGCCAUUCCAGGAUUUUUUUUUUUUUAUUAUUCUUUUAUUGUUUUUUUUAAAUCAGUGUAAAUGAAAAUAAAAAUUUGACGAGUGAGGAUGUAGGGAAAUAUUUAACAUUUAUUUUGCAUAUGCUGCCAAUAUGUCCCUGCCUGUUUCAGACCUGUUGAAUUGUGAAUUUUAUCAAAUUUUUUUUUUUUUUUUUUUUUUUUUACGUGAUUUGAAAAGAAUUAAACCUUUAUAAGUGUAUGCAUGUUCUGUGAUUACUGAUGCAAUAUGACUAAAACAACAAUGACAGUAAUGAAGAUCAUUUAUUUUUUUCAUUGUAUGCCCUUGUGGUUUGUCUAUAUCGAAUGCCAAAGUUUCCAUCGAUGAAGUGAACUUGAAUUGUGAUUUUAAUAAUAGUUUUUCUCUGAUUACUAACCAAUUUACUUGAGAGGUGUCCGGUAAUUCAUUAGGGUGUUUGUACAGAUUUAUUUGGUGACUGCAUAGGACAUGAUAGGAACUUAUAUAGAAUGACUUGAAAUUGGUCAUAAAAAAGCCAUUUAAUGUGACUCAAUAUGAGAGGAGAAAGGAAAAAAAGAAUACCCUCAAAAUAAAUUUCACUUCUUUUUUUUCUUUUUUUGUUGUUGAUCUGAUUUGUAUGGAAGCUUGUUUCCGCUAAAAAAUAAAAAAGGUAAUUGUGAGACUUUUUUUCUUGCAAUUGCGGGUUUUCUCAGAUCUGUGUUAUGUAAACUUGCAAUUGCGAGUUAUAAAGUCAGAAUUGCAGGAUAUCUCGCAAUUCUAUAUUUACACUGACUUUUUUUUCCUCACAAUUGCGAGUUUAUAUCCUGCAAUUCUGGCUUUAUAACUCGCAAUUGCAAGUUUACAUCACGCAGAUCUGAGAAAACCCGCAACUCUGAGGAAAAAAAAAAAAAGAUGUAAACUCGCAAUUGUGAGAAAAAAGUCAGUGCAAUUACAGGAAAAAAGUCAGAAAUGUGAGAAGUUGCAAUUAUAUUUUCUUUUUUUUCAUGGCGAAAACAGGCUUCCAUAGAUUUGUCAGUAGCCAUUUAAAUGUUUCUUGCAUUUGCGGUUUACAUGUUUAUUAGCAAUACAGACUAACAUUGUGUUUUUUUUUUUAAUUAACCAAUGACUAUACAGGGUUCCCACAGUCAUUAAAAAAACUUGCAAAUAUCAGAGAAUUUUGAAAAUUGAUUUACGGUCCUGAAAAAAGAAGAACAUGCAGGGGGGGGGUUAAUGCAUAGAAAAUUUAAUUGGCUAGAAAUGACUUGUUUUGAGUAUUCAGCCUUGACUGAAAAGUCAUAGAAAAAUCAUGGAAAUUCAUUGGUCAGUGGUGUGGGAACCCUGUCUAUUGCAUGUUUUAAUACAAAUGGUCUUAUGCUUGCAUGUGUAACAAUCUUUAAUUUACAUCUCAAUAUGUUUAGCUCAAGACAUCUGGAAAUGGUUCUUUUUUUAAUUUAACAUGGAUCUCUUUUGUUUUUGUUAUGUGUUAUUUGUGUAAUAAGUUUUAUUAGCUUGGUUGUGAUGGAUGUCGAAAGACCACAGCUCCUAUAACGUAGCACAGCAAGUGUACGAAACAUUCUUGUUCACAUGCACCUUUAAAAUGGCACAACAUGGGAAACAUUUGCUUUCCAUGUGUACCCAUAAAGACAAAAAGUGCAUGAAUAGCAUAGCUCUGAAGUCUUUGGGCAAAGUUAAAAAUUGCCUUUUGUGCCUAUAAAAAUAGUCUUUUUGCAGCUCCUAGUGUAUUAUAAGAAAGUCUUUAAAGGUGCAGUAAGUGAUUUCUGAGAAACGCUGUUGAUAUUUGAAAUCACCAAAACAAACACGCUCCUACCCAAAACGAUCACACCCCUAACAUGAUAGCUCUGCCCCCAAAUUCACGAACACACUAUGGCUGCGUUCCACUCCACUUUUAGACACGCAUUCGCAAACUUCCCUAAGCACUUCCCCUCGGGGGAAUCCCUGCCACCAUUCUGAAGUGCGUUCCACUUCGUGAAGUGGACGAGAGAAGUUUAUAUGGACAAACCCUCGCUCCCUCAGUCAAAAUUGAGUCUACUUCAUAUGUAGACUUCAGGCAGCUCCAUAUACCACAAUGGAACAUGACUGUGACGUCACCGCAUAUCGUGUUUAAUUUACCCCACCACAAACAACUCUGAUAUAUUAAUUUUUUUUUUUAAUAUUUAAAACAACCCAAACACACCUAUAUGCAUAUAGAAUGCUGCAUUAAACAAUUUCUUAAGGGAAUAAAAUUAAAUAAAAAAUCAACUCCAUAGAAGGAUUCCUAGUGAUCAAGGGCUUAGGAUGUUCCCAUUCAGCCCUUUGCGAAGGUUCCGCCAGUAGUGGGCACUCAUGCAAGGUAAGCAAUGACGUACAUCCGAGUCAACGAGACUGAGAGAAGUUAGUGAGGGAAGGGAAUAAAAAUUAACUUGAAUGCAGCCUGUGCAGCACAGGCACCUCCCCCUCAUGAGUGUUUACGCCCCUUACUGCUGAUUGGCUACAAAUGUGUUCAGUCCGAUCCACUUUCAACAGCGUUUCUUAGAAAUCGCUUACUGCACCUUUAAAGGUUUUAAGUAGACCUCACAAAAAUUCAAGAACUGCGAGUGGUCUAAACUCUGGAGUACUAGAUUGCUCUCCAUUAUAGUAUGCUUUUGCUCACAAAUAAAUGAACUGAUGUCAUGUUUACAAUCUACCUUUAUGGUUAUCUGGACAAAGAGACAUUUGUUAUAUAGCCGUACAUGCAUAGCUCAAUAAUUAAUGUCCAUUAAUCAUUUAAUCUUAUGCACUGAAAGUGAAAAUACUAUGUGUACAUUUUAUGCUUUGGUUAAUCUGUCAUUUGAUUUUCUUUUCUGAUUGUUUUAUUAUUUUUUUUUUAUAAUAUUAUAUAGCACCUGAUUGGUAACUACUGUAUGGUGGUGCUUAAAGCACUUUAGUGAGCCUUUGGUGAGACUGGAUAUUUCCCUGUGGUAUGGAUUGAUCAAUCUUAUUUAAGGGCAUAAAACUGUUGAAUCUCAACAAACGGACAAAUGAAGUCUGAACACUCACAUAAACGUUUGUACACUGGCUAGAUCUUUUGUUCGGUGGAACAGCAGGAAUAUUUCCAUGGCAUUCAUUUUCUCAUGCAGAGUCUCUGUGGCGUCCUUAUGCUUGCUGUUCAAUAUGCUGAAAUAUACAGGCCUGGUUCAGUGAUGUCUCAAUAUACGUCCAUUUUUGAAAACCUGUCUUAAGCUUUGUAUCGAGCUAAACUUAGGGAUUAAUACAGAAAGACAGAAUUCAGCAAAUAAAAACUACCACUCAAAUGUCAUUACAUUCAGAUGGUUUCCAAAUGAAUAAUGUAUUCUAAAUGUCAGCCAUGGUUUCCUGGGUAAAAUCAUAGCUCUGUCCUGAAAUGAACUGUUUUUAUAGUGAUUUUUCAUGAAAAUUGAAUCAAGUUGUUGUAAUGGGCAAUCUUCAUGGAAAAGAGAACUAAUCAAAAUGGAUCAAUGAACAUACUGACCUGUAUAGUGUGUAGUUUUUGGAGAUAUAAUGUCUAUCCAACCCUGAUCUAAUCGUUCUCUUAACAAAUUACCACUUUUGAAUAUUGAAAUAUGAACUUAAUAUUUACUUGGAUGAUAUUGGAUGUAUAUUUGGCAAAUUUUCAUUAAUAAAAUCUGCAUUUAAUACCAGA